AGUGGGGCUAAGCGUGGUGAAGCCGGAAAUACGUCAUCUGCCCCUGUUUACCAUGAAGCCCGCUGUGGAUGAGAUGUUCCCGGAGGGAGCCGGUCCUUACGUGGAUCUGGAUGAGGCUGGUGGGAGCACAGGGCUUCUGAUGGACCUUGCCGCCAAUGAGAAGGCCGUACAUCUAGACUUCUUCAAUGAUUUUGAAGACCUGUUUGACGAUGAAGACUGCUAGUAAUUCCCUUCCAGCAGCGCUCAUCCAUGCAGUUUGGUUCAAGAUGGAGGCCAUACAAAUAAGACAGUCUCUUGGACAGGGGACUGAGAAUAAUUUAUAUUACUUGUGUAAAUAAAGUUACAAAAUCCAUGA